CAAGUUGCUAUCCACUCAGUAUGGACUACAUCUGCCGAGUGGGCUCGGAACGCCGACCACUUGCGCGUCUUACCUCCUCAAGCCAGCUGGUCUGGCUUGCCAAUCUGUUUGAGACGAGGAAUCGAACAGGGAACCCACGGCUGGACCCGGCGGCUCGUCUUCCUGGGGAAGACCACGCAGCGGUGCUUGCGCGCGCUUCCUCGGUCUGGAUCGCCGCGGGACGGACGGACGGACGGACCCUUGUGACGGAAAAGUCAUGCUGCACUAAAAGACUCGUCAGAGGUGAUUUCAGACGGGUGAGGUGGCACACUCAACGCUGAGAAAAAAAGAGCCAAGAUGGGCCGGAAGAAGAUUCAAAUCGCCCGCAUUGUGGACGAACGCAACCGACACGUGACCUUCACCAAGCGCAAGUUUGGCCUGAUGAAGAAGGCGUACGAGCUGAGCGUGCUGUGCGACUGCGAGAUUGCGCUCAUCGUCUUCAACAGCGCCAACAGACUCUUCCAGUACGCCAGCACAGACAUGGACAAAGUGCUGCUCAAGUACACCGAGUGCAACGAGCCCCACGAGAACAGGACCAACGCCGACAUCAUACAUACCUUGCGCAAGAAAGGCCUCAGCGGCAGCAAAAGUCCCGACAUGGAGGCGGACGACGACUCUGCCGGCCAGAGCCCCGAGACGGACGACAAGUACCUCCAAAUGGGCACUGACGUCGACCUGAUGCUCAACAGACAGCCAAUCUGCGGUCUGCCCGCCUGCGGCUACGAGAUGGGCGCCUCCUCGCUGCUGUACCCGCAAGCCGGCAUAGGGGGCGCCGCAGCCAAGCACAACCUGCUGCCUAUCCAUCACGCUUCUAUGCAGAGGAUGGCCGCGUGCCCCCAGCGGCCCCCCGGCAGCCAAGACGAAGGAAAUGGCGUCUACAGCAACCAGUGCCCCUCCCCUGCCAUGAUGUCACCAGGGGGCGUGUCUCAAAGCCUCCAAGACAAAAGUCCACCAAUGAGCCACAUGCCCGCCAACAAGAGCGGCAACAUGGUGGCCAUGAGCGCCAUGAUCAAUCGCUCGCAGACGGCGCAGACGCUGUCCAGUCCAGCCGCGUGCACGUCUCUUCCCGGUGCCGCCGCGGGAGGCUACCCGCCGUCCUCACUGAGCUCCUUUGGCGCGGAAUUCUCCAUGGCGGGCGAGCUGACCUCCCUCACCGCUUUCGGGUCGGCCGGGCUCGGCCCCGUGGACGGCUGGCUGCAGCCGCAGCGGCGCGACCUGCACGACCUGCGCAGCGUGCCGCUCGCUCACAUGGGGCACUUGUGUCACAACGCCAACUUCCCGUCGGGCCACGACCUCCACAUCAAGUCGGAGCCGGCCUCUCCCUCUGGAGAGCGCGUGGUUGCCCGCCCGGGGCGCUCGCCCGCCGGCAGCGCGUCCAGCUGCGGGAGCUCGUACGAUGACGACGGCGGCGGCCGUGUCCUAACCACUGCCGGCGGCGACUUUCUCCUACGGCCGGCGGCGGCCAAUCUGGACGAGCGGUCCAGCCCGUCCGUCAAGCGCACGCGACUGACGGAGGGCUGGGCCGCAUGAUACCGACGGGCCGAGCCUUGUCACCUGUCAGCCAGUGUCUCAUUGGCUGCGUUUGGAAGCCAUCACUCGUCACUACAGGGGGGGGGGGUUUAGUGGCGCCAUCUACGGUACGUCCGCCCAAAGCCAAAUCUCUAGGUAGCAACUGCGGAAGGAACUCACGAUGCCGACUACAAUUGCAUUUUUUGCGGCCACCAAAGCUAAAGCUAAUGCGUACGUGCUAAUGAAAGCAAAACUCCACAAGGGAACCCCCGCCAUCCAAAUCAGAAGUUACUGUUUAUUUGUCGAUUUAUUAAAUGCUCAUUUGAAUUCUCCCAAACUC